AUGGUGAUGGAGCGGCUGGCGGACUUCGUCAGCAAGUCGCUGGAAGGUGGUGAAGCGCCCGCACCGCCUCCGGAGCCCGGAGACCUCGAUGACGUCGACGAGGAAGUAGAUAUCACAGCGUUAGAAGAGAAAGCACCGCCGGCGAAAAGACCUAGAAAUUGGCUUGUUUCUCCGGUUCCUCUCCAGAAUUAUAAGAGAGAAGAGGAUGAUGACGAUCAUAAACACGAUUUCACUGACAAGUCGAACGGCGGGAACAACAACGGUAGCGGCGGGGGAAAGCAACGACGAUCGCGAACGAAUUUCACUCUCGAGCAACUCGGCGAGUUAGAGCGGCUGUUUGAUGAAACACACUACCCCGACGCGUUUAUGCGCGAGGAGCUUAGCCAACGCCUUGGUCUUAGCGAAGCAAGAGUGCAGGUAUGGUUCCAAAAUCGACGUGCAAAAUGCCGAAAACACGAAAGCCAGAUGCAUAAAGGGCUGCUGGUGGGCGGCGGGGGUACGCCGCUGGAGCCGUGUCGCGUGGCGCCCUACGUGUCAGUGCCGCGGCUGGCGAGCACGGCACCGCGCGCUCCUCCACCGCCGCCGCUGCCACUCGCGCCUCACCCGCCCGCCACCGCUUUUGCUCCUUUCGAUUCUGCUUUAUUAUCUGCUGCCGCACAUCAGUAUGCAAGUGCAGCGGCGGCCGCUGCAGCUGCCCUGUGUCCUCCGUACGCUGGCCUGGCUGCGUUGGCGGCGCGCUGCCGGUCAUCUUCCAUCGCGGACCUGCGGUUGAAGGCCCGUCGACACGCGGCGGCGUUAGCGGCCGCGAGCGCGCCAUCUCCGCCUGCAACCGCUUCCGCACCUUCGUCCGCUUCAGCGCCCGCCGACACGUAGCCUAUCAUUCAAGGCUAAAUACAAAGAUAUUCUAAAAAGAAAUUAAAAAAAAAACACUAA